AUGGUUGGAUUGCAUCAGCCAUAUCGGUUGGAUGUGCGCAGUUACGCUGUGAACAUUUUUGGACAAUUGAAAGAAUGGAUCAAGAAAUGUUACAGGAAGGAUAAAUUCAACCCGGAAUAUAAAAGAAUAUGUAGCUUGCAUUUUAAACCAGAGGAUUAUGAAGAUGAGCUACAGGCAAGAUUAACUGGAUCCCAACCAAAAAAACUCAAAAAAACAGCAAUUCCUUCAUUAAAUUUACUCCCAUUAGAAUACAGAACGGAAGAUACGAAAAACAAAUCUAUGGAAUCUGCAAGGAUACUUCAAGAAUCAAAUAUAGUAAAAGUUCAACCUGUGGAACAAAUUGAGAAAAGUAAAAAUACAAAUCUUGAUAAUGUAGAAGUGGAAAGUGAAAGUACAAGUCUUGAUAAUUUUUUGGCGACGAGGAUUAUGGAAGGUCUCCGUGAGAUAUUAACGCCGUUGAUGCAGCAGCAACAGCAGCAGUUUCAGCAGUUGAUGCAGCAGCAGUUUUAUGCCCAGCAGCAGGAAUUUGCGAGCCACAUCGCCAAGAUUCUCAAGGCUCCUUCAUCCGCACCUACAGGCCUGGAAAUUAAAAUGGAUGCGUUAGCCAAUUCAAUCACAGAAUUUAUUUACGAUCCGGAGAAUGAUACUGACAUUAGAACCAAGUUAUUACACUUAAUUGAUAUUAAGUCAGACUCGCUUACCGUUCAAGAUUUAGCCGUCGAAUGUCAACGAAUGGUGAAUCUUAAACAGGAUAAUUCGAUGGUGCAAAAUCAAACCACAGACGUUGGGACGGUUGCUCUUGUGCAAUCUAAAAAUUUCCGUUCAAAAAGGAAGUUUAAAAACGGACAGAAGGAGCAGGUCAAUGUCAAUAAAUCGCAAUUCGAUAUCACCGAAUUUCAGCGCAGAUUUCAGGAUGUCUUUGCAAGCGGUUUGGAACGUUGCACAAAAGCAAAGGUCAAACUUUAUUUAAAACCAGAUGCUAAGCCGAUUUUCAAGCCGAAGCGCCCAGUCGCUUAUGCAAUUUUGCCGCAAGUCGAUGCUGAGCUCGAUCGUCUCGAGCAAAAUGGAAUUAUAUUACCCAUCAAAUAUUCAGAGUGGGCGACACCGAUUGUUGUGGUACGCAAAAAGAAUGGCUUGAUUAGGAUUUGUGCAGAUUUUUCAACGGGACUUAAUGCUUCUCUGGAACCUAAUCGUCAUCCACUUCCUUUGCCAGAUGAAAUAUUUUUACAGCUGUCAAAUUGCAAAUAUUUCAGUCACUUAGAUUUGGCAGACGCCUUUUUGCAGAUUGAGAUUGAUGAUGAAUCAAAGAAAUUUCUUACAAUCAAUACUCACCGCGGUUUUUACGUAUACAAUCGUAUGCCUUUUGGGGUCAUUGUAGCUCCUGGAGAGUUUCAAGCCAUUAUGGACUCCAUGAUUUCUGGCUUACCAAAUGUUUUUGCUUACAUUGACGACUUAGUUGUUGGUGGAGAAACAAUUUUGCAGCAUAAUCGCAAUUUAACACGUCUUUUAGAGCGUAUUCAAGAUUAUGGCUUUCGACUACGAUUUGAAAAGUGUACCUUUUUCACAGAAAAGAUCAAUUAUCUUGGUUACGUCAUUGAUGGGCAAGGAUUACAUCCAGAUCCGAAAAAAGUUUCUGCCAUCAUAGAUAUGCCAGCACCAAAGAAUUUAAAUACCUUACGGUCUUUCUUGGGAGCANUUAAUUAUUAUUCUCGAUUUAUUCUCAAUAUGCACAUUUUGCGACGUCCGUUGGACAAUUUGCUUAAGAAGGAUGUACCAUGGUCAUGGUCUUCACGUUGUCAGAAGUCUUUCGAACAAUUCAAGAAGAUUUUGACAUCUAAUCUGUUGCUCACUCAUUACAAUCCAAAGUAUGAAAUCAUUGUGGCAGCAGAUGCUUCAAACGAAGGUCUGGGAGCUUGCAUUUUACAUCGUUUUCCAGAUCAAACAGUCAGUCAUGCUGCUAGAAGUCUUACUCCUGUGGAACAGAAUUACAGUCAAAUCGAAAAAGAAGCUUUAGCAAUUAUGUUUGCCAUUACGAAAUUUCAUCGAAUGAUUUUUGGAAGGCAUUUUACUUUACAAACGGAUCACAAACCGUUAUUACAAAUUUUUGGAAACAAAAAGGGGAUUUCUGUUCAUUCAGCGAAUCGUUUGCAGCGAUGGGCUUUGCAGUUACUGUCUUACGAUUUUCAGAUCGAGUGCAUUAAAACUACAGAAUUUGGACAUGCUGAUGUAUUGUCCAGACUCAUUGAUCAGCAGAAUCGCCCUGAAGAGGAUUUUGUUAUUGCUUCUAUUCAAUUGAAGGAUGAUUUAUCUUUGACUUUGCAAGAGUCAUUACAAACGGGGCCAGUUGCGCCGAUUACCUUUCAACAGAUUCAAGAGGCAACUAAGAAGAGUGAUAUUCUUCAGGAAAUUCACAAGGGUCAUCCUGGAAUAGAACAAAUGAAGAUUUUGGCACGUUCAUAUGUAUAUUGGCCGAAAAUAGAUGCGGACAUUGAACAAUUUGUUAAGCGUUGCAGAAAUUGUGCACUCACCGCAAAGGCUCCUGUUAAGGUUUCUUUAUGUAGCUGGACUCAGCCAGCAGCACCUUGGCAGAGAGUGCAUAUUGAUUAUGACGGUCCAUUAAAUGGAGAAUACUUUUUUGUUCUGGUGGACGCUUACUCCAAAUGGCCAAAAGUCAUACCGACACAAUCAAUUUCUGCACAGCAAACAAUUAGUAUACUUCAAAAUAAUGGAACUCAGUUUAUAUCAGAGAAGUUUCAAUCUUAUUGUUUAUUAAAUGGAAUACAACACUUACGCAGCCCACCUUUUCAUCCUAGCUCAAAUGGGCAGGCUGAGCGUUUCGUGGAUACUUUCAAGCGUGGACUUGCUAAACUACAAGCUGGGGAAAAUAGUAGCAAUCUUUCGUCAAUGGAUUUUCUUUCUGUUUUCCUACAGUGUUAUAGGUCCAUUCCAAAUCCAAAUGUUCCUAACAAGUUGUCUCCGGCUGAAGCACUGAUGGGUAGACGAAUACGGACAUCAUUGGAUUUAUUGAAAUCUUCUUCUUGUCAAGUAUCUACAAAUGAGAAACAGCUCAAGCAAGAGAUGCAGUAUAAUCGAAAACACGGAGCAAGAAAUAAAGUUUUUGCUUCGGGUACGCAAGUUUUUGUUCAGGUUCAUGCAACUAAUAAAUGGUCGUGGAUACCUGGGAAAAUCAUCGAGCGGGUUGGCAAAGUUCUGUAUAAUGUGCUUGUUCAAACACAAAGUUGGCUGGUUCGUGCACACGCCAAUAAACUAAAGUUUAGGCACGGUGACGAAGAUGAAAAAGAACUUCCCGUGGAAAUUCUCAUCAAUGUCUUCGAUCUCACAGACACUAUACAACAGCAAACAUUACAAGAAACACAGCAAGUAGUUACACGCUACGAAGGGGAACAAGAAGCUGAUCCAGUUUCAGCUGUUUCUACACAACAGCAAGUUCGGUUCGGUUCGGUGUGA